AGUGGGCGCAAGGGACGGGCCUUGGGGCCGGGCGGCGCCUCGUAGAUGAGUCUCAGUGACCGCUGGCCCUCAAGUCCUCCUCCGGCCGGGAUCCCUUGCUAGAGCGAUAUGGGGCGGAGCGUGGGGGUAGGGGCGGAGCGUGGGGGCGGGGGCGGGACCCAAGGGCCGGAAGCGGACGGAACCCGGGGUACCGUAAUCGGCCCGCCAUGGACGAAGCGGACCGGCAGCUCCUGCGGCGAUGUCGGAUGCACCUAGUGGGCGAGCUGCAGGUCGCCGAGAUCUGGGACGCUCUGCUGAGUCGAGAGCUCUUCACUCGGGACAUGAUCGAGGAUAUCCAGCGGGCAGGCUCUGGGUCUCGGCGGGAUCAGGCCAGGCAGCUGGUCACAGAUCUUGAGACCCGAGGGAGGCAGGCCCUCCCUCUCUUCAUCUCCUGCUUAGAGGACACAGGCCAAGACACCCUGGCUUCACUCUUGCGAACCAGUCGGCAAGCAGCCAAGCAGAUUCCAGAGGCAGUUAAACCCCUAGACCACCUGGUACCUGUGGUCCUGGGGCCCAUGGGGCUCAAGCCAAAGGAGCAGAGAGUAGUGAAGCCGGACCCAUCGCCGCCUGCCCUGGGAAACCUCACCCCAGUAGUGCUGGGGCCGGAAGAGCUCUGGCCUGCUCGGCUCAGGCCAGAGGUUCUCAGACCAGAAACGCCCAGGCCAGUGGACAGUGGUUCUGGCAGAACUCAUGAUGUCUGUGCUCCAGAGCAGAUCAAGGGUCAUACAGCUAUGGCAUACACCAUGGAUGCGGACCCCUGUGGCCACUGCCUCAUCAUCAACAAUGUGAACUUCUGCCCUUCCUCGGGGCUCAGCACACGCACCGGCUCCAGUGUGGACUGUGAGAGGCUUCAGCACCGCUUCCGCUGGCUGCAUUUCAUGGUGGAGGUGAAGAACGACCUGACUGCCAAGAAAAUGGUCGCGGCCUUGGUGGAGAUGGCACAGCGGGACCACCAUGCCCUGGACUGCUUUGUGGUGGUCAUCCUCUCUCAUGGCUGCCAGGCCAGCCACCUGCAGUUCCCGGGUGCCGUCUAUGGCACAGAUGGAUGCUCCGUGUCCAUAGAGAAAAUUGUGAACAUCUUCAAUGGGACUGGCUGCCCCAGCCUGGGCGGGAAACCAAAGUUGUUCUUCAUCCAGGCCUGUGGUGGCGAGCAGAAAGACCAUGGCUUUCAGGUGGCCUGCCCUUCCUCUCAAGGUGGCGCCUUUGACAGCGACUCUGAGCCAGACGCUGUCCCGUACCAGGAAGGCCCAAGGACCUCUGACCAGCUGGACGCUGUGUCAAGUUUGCCCACCCCCAGUGACAUCCUCGUAUCCUAUUCCACCUUUCCAGGGUUUGUCUCCUGGAGGGACAAGAAGAGUGGCUCCUGGUACAUUGAGACCUUGGACGGCGUCCUGGAGCAGUGGGCGCGCUCUGAAGACCUGCUGUCCCUCCUCCUCAGGGUUGCCAAUGCUGUUUCUGAGAAGGGGAUUUAUAAGCAGAUUCCUGGCUGUUUUAACUUCCUCCGGAAAAAACUGUUUUUUAAAACUUAAUGAGGCUGGGGCGGCUCAUUGCCUCAAUGUCCUCCCCUAAACCUUCGUGGCCUGGACGUGGCUGAGGCCAGGACUGUCCUGCAAAGCCAGGUUUUUGGAACUGGGGCAGGCUGCCUCUUUCCCCUUCCGCGGCAGACGGGCUCCUAGCAGCUUCCGGGUUGGUGAGAGAUACAGAGCAGUGGAGAGAGAGGAACAGAGUGCUGUGGCUGCCACCUGGCCUCUUCAUCUGUGGUUAGGGACUGUGGCCUGUGACCCCCAGGUCCUCUCUAGAGCAGGGCUUCUCUGCUGCUGCACUGUUGACAUGUGGGGUCCCUGUCAUGGGACUGUCCUGUGUAUUGUAGGGUAUUUUGAGCCAUCUCUGGUCUCUACCUACAAGCUGCCAGGAGCACCCCGCCUGAGUUCUGCCAACCAGAAAUGUCUGCAGACAUUGUCACAUGUGCCCUAGGGGACAUAACAGCCCCCACUGGAGGACCACUGUCCGCAGUGGUCUGUGGCUCAGACACACCAGCAUCUCUCCUUCCCAGACCCACAGUCCAGCUGGCCCAGUGUGAACACCUGGAUCUGUGAGUUCGGUGAAGUUUCCAGAAGGAUUCAUUCUAACUUUAACGCAUUAUUUAUUCUUAAAAAAUAAACCUUGGGCCAAAGGAAGGGCUUCCUUUGGCCCGUGUCACCCCCCACUCCUGUUCUGUUCUUCCCUACAAAGCAGACCUUUGUAUUUUCUGAGCAUUUCUCCACGUCUUCUAAGAUCCCUGUCCCAGCCCAGGAGGUGACUUGCGGGAGUCCCCAGGAGCACCCACAGAUCAUCUCCUGUCUUGAAGGACCAUGGUUACCCUGCCGGAGACAGCUGGACAGAGCUCGGCUAUCCUGAGUCCCACCUCUGUCUCCCAGCGUCUUCCGCCCAGUGAACCUGUCCCCUGACGGCAGUGACUGCAGUGGUGGGAUGCUGGGCUUCCCUGGAGAAGGUGCUGCCCCUGGGGGUUUUAAAGCUGUCCCGACUUUUACUUAGCUUUCUUUUUUUUUCUGGUUUCAGUAUCUUUGCUUUAUGAACAUCCAUUUGAGCUCAGACGGUAGAGGUGCCAAGCUUUGUUUAUUUUUGAGCUGGGUUCUGACUUUGUAGCCUAGGCUGGCCUCAAAAUCUCCAUCCUGACUCCUCCUGAGCGCUGGGAUUACAGUGUGUACCACCACACCAGGCUCCUCCACAGGCUUUGUUUCCAGGACCCUGAGGUUAGGGUGUCUGGUUAAUAAUAAGACAGACUCGUACCAGGGUGUGAGUCAUAUAGUCACUUUAUUACUGCUUUCCUUGUGUGACAUUUCCAAGGUGGCAGUCCCAGGGCCAUCUUUGGUUAGUACUUUUGAAUCACCUGCAGGACACACAGGAGAAGGUGAGGUUAGCCUGAUGGCUGAGCAGUGAUUGAGUUCAGUGACUCUCAGGGAGAAGGGCGUGCUCACGGCUUUCCCUUCCUGUACAGAGGGGUCUUAGCCUGGAGCUCUGCUGGGGCUUCAGAACCAGAGUGUGAAUCUCUAGUGAGCACAUGACAAGUGUACAGGUGGGCGUGGCUUUGGAUGUCAUUUGUUCCUUUGUUUUUUCCAAGACAGGGUCUCACUACGUAGCUCUGGCUGUGCUGGAACUCAUUCUGUAGACCAGGCUGGCCUCGAACUCACAGAGCUGCCUGCCUCUGCCUCCCAAGUGCUGGGAUUGAAGAUGUGUGCCACCACACUGGGCUAAUUUGUUCCUUAAGAUUACUCUUUGAGGCACUAACAUAGUGUAUGGGUUGGGGGGAUGUCACUUGCUUUCCAAGACCAUUAGCAGGAUCAAAUACGUUUUUUGGGUGUAUCUUUUUUUUGAGAUGGGAGUUUCUUAUAGCCCAGGAUGGCCUCAACGUUGCUAUAUAGCCAGGGAUGACCUUGAAUUCCUGACCCUCUCACCUCCACCUGUGCUGGGAUUCCCCGUGCAUUCUAACAUACAGGCUCCCUCGCCCAGGGGAGCUGCUGCUUUCUAUAGCUCGGGCAUUCAGAGCUGCGUACAGGGAUCCUCGUCUAAGGUCGCUCACUGCAGCAGUGUGGGCAUUAAAAACAGAACACAGAUGAACCAUCCCUCCUGACAUUUGUGCUGUGGAUACCUCACAGCGGUUCAGAGUGACAGGUGACAGCUGAGUGCACUGAACAAGCAGACUGUGAUUGUGGAUUUUGGUUAGAAGACAAUACACACACCUAGUUGUGGCAUUUUAAUUUGUAAUCCUUUUGCCUCAGCCUGUAUUUUUUUUUUUUUCUGGGGUGAGGGGGCAGUUUUGAGAUAGGGUUUCUCUGUGUAACAGCCCAGGUUGUCCUGGAACUUGUUUUUGUAGACCAGGCUGAACUUGAACUCACAGAGAUCCACCUGCCUCUGCCUUUCAAGUGCUGGCAUUAAAGGCGUGCGCCACCAUUCCAGGCUAAGUGUUUUGAUUAUAGGUGGUGUACCACCAUGCUUGGCUACAUUAGGCUGGUUUUGUCUCAUGUAGCCCAGGUUAGCCUUAAAACAAUCCUCCUGCCUCUGCCUUCCAAGUACUGGGCAUCACAAACCUGCACCACCACGUCUGGCAGUACAGGGUUUUGUUUUGUUCUGUAUGUUGGUCUCAUCUACACAAAGCCCCGAAGAGCACAUAGCAUGUAAUUCACAGUGACUCCCUCUGUAGAAUGGGAACAAAGGUCAAAGCGAGAGGAUCUUCACUGCUUACUUAAUACACUCCUAUAUUCUUUUUAUAAACAGUAUUUUCAAUAAAGAAAUGUAUUCCUUUCUGAACAGAACAAUAAAGCUGUGAUUGCUGAAGCA